UCAAAUUCAAGCAGAGGCGUGUUCUCCGUGACAGAGGGAAGUUUGAAUUUUAUCAUGCGGUUUACUCUCUUACACUAAAGACUGUAAUAUAAUUUUAUUAAAAACCCGGUCAACCAAAGACUACGUGUUUUGCCUUAUGGAGUGAGAAGACAAGAAAAAGCUCAUGAUAAAGUGAGUCUAAUGGCAGUUAACGUUACUGAAUUUGUCAAGCCAGACCGCUAAUUCAGAGCUCUUUAAAUCGCCAUUUUAAAAUUUCGAUUUUAACUUACUCAAUCCUGGCUGCAUAAUACACAAUAAUGAAAGCGAUGAAAGAGGAGACUGCCGAAAUAAAACAGAUUCACGACGACAAAGACCUCAUCUGCAGUCUUUGUAAGAGAUGUGACAACAUUCCAGAGAAGUAUGGAGAGAAGAUCACCCUUCAGCAGCACAAACUGACAGUCCACUAUUUCUGUUUGCUGAUGUCCAGUGGGAUAUGUCAGAGAGGGGAGGAGGAUGAAGACGUUCAUGGUUUUCUCGUAGAGGACAUAAAAAAGGAGAUCCGCAGAUCUUCGAGGCUGAGAUGCAUGAAGUGCAAAAAGGUUGGGGCUUCGGUGGGGUGCUCCAUCAAAAGUUGUCGGCAAAUGGUCCACAUGCCUUGUGGAUUAGAGAAGGAGUUUAUUUUCCAGUUCACAGACUUGUUUCCGUCUUUCUGUAAAAAGCAUGCACCUAGUCAGUCCUGCGUCUCCAGUCCCGGUCUGCCACUCUCUUGCUCCGUCUGUCUGGAGCCCAUCGAAUCCGUCCUCUCCUAUAAUGUCCUGAAGUGUCCUGCAUGUCAUGGCAGCUGGUUUCACAGAAACUGUGUACAGCAUUAUGCACACAGCGCUGCCAUGUUUUUCUUCAAAUGCACAUUGUGCAAUAACAAGGACCAGUUUCAGCAAGAAAUGCUCAGAAUGGGAAUAUAUAUACCAGAGCGGGAUGCAGCAUGGGAACUUGAGGAGAAUGCAUAUGAAGAUUUAUUGCAAAUGUACCAGCACUGUGAUGCUGUGAAGUGUCACAGUCACAAAGGUCGUAAAUACAGCUCGCAGUCUGGGUAUUUUGAAAUUGUUCGUUGCAAGUUGUGUGGAUCCAGGGGAACUCAUCGUAAAUGUUCCAACCUUAAGCUUUACGAAAGUGACUGGAUCUGUGCUGACUGUAAAGCUGCUGUUGAGGGAAAAAAAUCAGUGCCUUUGCCAAACCAUGUUGAAUCCCCACUGGCUAUAAGGCAAGAGAGGAAGAGGCUGUUUAAAAACAUCUCUGACCUUCACUCUUCACUCAUCAGUAAAAGGCAAUGUGUGCCUGCCACUUCUCCGGAGGUCUUAAUGGAUCUGGCCCAUCAGAUAUCACAGCAGCAGUCUACAGAGGUGCUAGUGGAAGAUGAUGAUGGGGUGAUGGAAGCAGCUCUGCGGGUUCUGCGGCAAAGUGACUUUAAUCCCUGCUGCACACUUUCUGUGAAAUUCUCCCAAGACAAACAUAGCAACAACAUUAGGAAUCAGCGUCGCUUCCUCAGACGUCUUGUUUCGAAACUGCAGAUGUCAGAAAUCUUUGAGGGUCCUGAUGGAUCUAAAAACUUGGCUCUAAACUCAAAAGCUCUGAGGGAUGAUCUCUACUUUGAAGUCGGCAGUCUGUUGGCCCUCUCUUUGGUUCAUGGAGGUCCUCCUGUGGGCUUUUUCUCUCCAGCAUUGUACCAUAGUCUGUUUAACUACCCCACAAACUACAGGCCUACUUUACAAGACCUUGGAGACACUGCUUUUGCACACAAAAUCAGACAGAUUUCAGAGGCAAAGUCAAUGAAGGAGCUGAGAAUGGCAAUGCAGUCAGCAUCUCAAUAUUUGGAAGCAGCAGGUUGCUGGCGAAAGAUCAGAGAACUCUCAGAGAAGGACAUGCUGGUGGAGGAUGUACUAAACUUCUACCUGAUCAUCAGACUACAGCUGCCUCUGCAGAGAUUUCGUGAGGGUUUGAGGACACUAGGACUGUUUGAGCAGGUUCAGAUGUGUACAGAGGCUUUCCAUUCAGUCUUCUGUGGGCCCGUGGAAAGGCUGACAGCCGAAUCUGUCAUGAAGCUUUUUACCGUCCGGUUUUCAGAAGAAAAAGAGCAACAAGAAAAAGAGAACACAACAGUACACUUUUGGAAAAAAUAUCUGCAUGAGUGUGAAGAGGGUCGGUGUGCAGCAUCACUUGAGGACCUCCUAACAUUCACCACUGCUACGGAUCUGGCUCCAUCCAUUGGAUUCCAUCCCACUCCAUCGAUUUCAUUCUUCAGCUCACCAGACCCCUCGUGUGCUUUUCCUCAGAGCCACUGUGAUGCCAGUCAUCUCUUUCUGCCAAUGCUACCAUCAUAUGAGCUCUUCAAGAAACACUUGGAUUACACAGUGUGUCAGUUCUCAGUUAUGCAGGACAUUUAAAAAAUAUAUAUAUAAUUUUUCAACCAAACUCAUGUUAGCAUUACUUGAAAAUAGGUUGCUCCUCACUUUAUUUAUCAGUAACCCAGGUGUUGCUAAAUCCUCAGUUAUUUAUCAGUAAAUUGGAAUCCCUCAAUAGAAAAGAAACAUUUUAACAGCUUUGCUUUGAGCCACUCAGCACUAUUAGGACUUAAGCUGCAAAGCGAUUUGUGCUCUAUACAUGUUAGAACACUAUCUUAGACGUGGUAAGACUGUUCUUUGUGUUUUAAAAAAAAGUUUUUCCUGUAAAUGUAGGUGCACCAUUCAGAAGUGUACAGGUAAUAGCUAGUAUCGUAACCAAAGUUUAAACUAUAUUGAGUAGUGUUCUGUUGAACGGCAUAUGUAUUUAGCAGUAAUAGGAAUUUGAUGUUAAUUUUUUUUUUUUUUUUUUGAUAAUAGAAAAACAGUUCAUAAUAACAGGUUGUAAUUUUUUGGUAGCCACAAGAUGGUGCAAUUGCCCCCUUUUUUGCCACACGUUGGCUAACUGCUGCCACUGCAGAUGAAUCUGGAGUUAUUGAGUUGAAUUAUUGUUUUGUGCCAGAGACCCAUGUUAUAAUCAUACACAAGCUAGUAUGCUUUUGUUCUUGUAUAAUGUUUCAUUUCUCCUGAAGUAGCUUGAAAGUGUAUGAUGGUUUCCUGGCCCUUCAUAUCUGUCAUUAUUUAUUAAACUUUUUACUUUUCUGUUA